AUGAAAAGCUGGAGAUGUUCACCUAUGGUGGCAGCCAUUUUAACCAGCACAAAUCACCACUGGUUAUUCAUCCAAAGUGGAAGCUCUGCAACAGAAAUAAAUCUAUUUCUCGUUAUCAAAGCAGGACAAGACGCACUUACCAAAUAUGGCGCUGGUCUGUCGUCAGUGAGGUUCAUUUGCGGAACUCAAGAUAUGCAUAAGCAACUAGAGGCGAAAAUUGCACAGUUCCACGGCAGGGAAGAUGCUAUUCUGUAUGCGGCCUGCUUUGAUGCGAAUGCUGGGAUUUUCGAAGUGCUGACAAACCAGAACGACGUGGUUAUUUCUGAUGAGCUCAAUCAUGCUUCGAUUAUUGAUGGUAUCAGACUCUGUAAAGCGAAGAAAAUACGUUUCAAACAUAUGGAUUUAGCCGAUCUCGAGGAAAAGUUAAAGGAAAAUCAAGGGGCUCGGCAGAGAAUAAUUGCGACUGAUGGCGUCUUUUCAAUGGACGGUGAUGUAGCGCCAUUAAGAGAAAUUUGUGAUCUGGCUGAUAAGUAUAAUGCUAUCGUUUUCGUUGAUGAAUGUCAUGCCAGUGGUUUUUUCGGACCAACAGGAAAGGGAACCGAGGAAGCACUAGUUGACAUCAUUAAUUCCACACUCGGAAAAGCUCUUGGAGGUUCUAUGGGUGGAUACACCACAGGUCCGAAGGUGCUAAUCGACCUUCUGAGACAACGAUCGAGACCGUAUUUAUUUUCGAACUCUUUGGCACCAAGCAUUGUUGGUUCCAGUAUAAAGGUCUUUGACCUUAUCAUGAACGAUUCAUCCUUCAUCGGUUCUCUGAAGGUCAACGUGCAGCCGUUUAGGUCGAAGAUGUCAAGGAAUGGUUUCAAAGUUCUCGGUAAUGACAACACACAUCCUAUUUGCCCGGUGCUGCUAGGCGAUGCGAGACUCGCUGCUGAAAUGGCUGAUGAAUUGUUAACGAAGGGUAUCUACGUCAUCGGAUUUAGCUACCCGGUCGUACCAACGGGAAAAGCCCGAAUACGAGUGCAGAUAUCAGCAGCCCACACUACUGAGAAUAUCGACACAGCUGUGGAGGCCUUCACUGAGAUCGGAAAGAAACUUGGCGUCAUCUGA